AUGCAGGCCAUUAAGUGCGUUGUUGUAGGAGACGGUGCAGUCGGGAAGACAUGUCUGCUCAUCUCGUACACCACAAACGCCUUCCCGGGCGAAUAUAUCCCUACCGUGUUCGACAACUACUCGGCCAAUGUAAUGGUCGACGGUAAGACGAUCUCGCUUGGUCUGUGGGAUACGGCUGGGCAGGAAGAUUACGACCGUCUCCGACCUCUCUCAUACCCCCAAACGGACGUAUUCCUCAUCUGCUUCUCCCUGGUUAGCCCUCCCAGUUUCGAGAACGUGCGGACUAAGUGGUACCCUGAAAUCUCGCAUCACGCGCCGUCUACGUCAAUCGUCCUGGUUGGUACCAAGCUCGAUCUUCGCGAGGAUCCUGGCACUAUUGAGAAGCUGAGGGAGCGUCGCAUGGCGCCUAUACAAUACUCGCAGGGCGUGGCGAUGAUGAGGGACAUCGGAGCCGUCAAGUACCUCGAAUGUUCCGCAUUGACGCAGAAGGGGCUCAAGAACGUUUUCGACGAGGCCAUCCGCGCUGUUCUCAACCCUCCUGCGCAGCCCAAGAAGAAGGCAGACAAGAAGGGGUGCAUCAUCGCUUAA